CUAUGCUACGGUGCUUCCAGUCCAGCUCUAUCCGAUCGAAGUCGAUUUCCAACGCUCUUCAGAACACAUCCAUCUGCUACUGUACAUAAUCCCACUAGAAUUAAGCUGAUGCAGAAGUUUGGUUGGUCUAGAGUUGCCAUCUUACAACAAGCAGAGGAAGUGUUUAUAUCGACAGUGGAAGAUUUAGAAACAAGAUGUAAAGACGCUGGCAUCGAAAUAGUAACAAGACAAUCAUUCCUUUCUGAUCCUACGGAUGCAGUACGGAACUUACGACGGCAGGAUGCUCGUAUUAUAGUGGGAUUGUUUUAUGUGGUUGCUGCACGUCGUGUACUAUGUGAGAUGUAUAAACAACAGUUAUACGGGAGAGCAUACGUAUGGUUUUUCAUUGGGUGGUACGAGGAUAACUGGUACGAGGUGAACCUGAAAAAUGAAAAUUCAUGCACUAAAGAACAAAUGAAAAUUGCUGCCGAAGGCCAUUUGACCACUGAAGCACUUAUGUGGAACCAGAACAAUCAAAAAACAAUCUCAGGAAUGUCAUCCGAAGAUUUUCGGAAACGUUUGAAUGCUGCAUUAAUUGAUGAGGGAUAUGACAUCAACCAUAACCGGUACCCAGAGGGAUAUCAAGAAGCUCCACUCGCCUACGAUGCAGUAUGGAGUGUGGCCCUUGCAUUCAACAAGACAAUGCAAAGGCUUACCGAGCAAAACUCGGGAAAAAAUCUUAAAGAUUUUACAUAUACCGAUAAGGAAAUAGCGAACGCUAUUUAUGCCGCCAUGAAUUCCACACAAUUUCUAGGCGUUUCAGGCGUGGUUGCUUUCAGCUCUCAAGGCGAUCGAAUCGCAUUAACUCAGAUUGAACAAAUGAUUGAUGGACAAUAUUACAAGUUGGGUUACUACGAUACACAGGCUGAUAAUCUCACCUGGUUUGACAAGGAAAAAUGGGAUGGAGAAAAGGUUCCACAGGAUCGAACGAUUGUACGAAGGGUGUUAAGAACAGUUUCAUUGCCACUGUUUAUCUGUAUGAGUACAAUAUCGAGUUUUGGCAUAUUAGUCGCGGUAACUCUAAUUGUGUUCAACAUUUGGCACAGACAUCGAAGGGUUAUUCAAUCGUCACAUCCAGUUUGCAAUACUAUCAUGCUGUUUGGUGUUAUUAUAUGCCUCGUUUCUGUCAUUUUGCUUGGUAUUGAUGGACAAUUUAUAACCGCUGAAAAUUACCCUAAGGUAUGCCAAGCACGAGCAUGGAUUCUCUCUACUGGUUUUACCUUAGCGUAUGGAGCAAUGUUUAGCAAAGUUUGGCGUGUUCAUCGCUUUACAACGAAAACUAAAACAGACCCUAAGAAAAAAGUAGAGCCGUGGAAACUUUAUACUAUGGUAUCGGGACUUUUGGCAGUGGACUUGGUGAUACUACUCACCUGGCAAAUGCAGGAUCCUCUUCAAAGACGACUGGAAACAUUUCCACUGGAAGAUCCGAUUUCAUCUAAUGAUGACGUUAAAAUACGACCGGAGCUGGAACACUGCGAGAGUCAUAAUAAUUCAGUCUGGUUAGGGGUUAUAUAUGGAUUCAAAGGAUUAAUACUGGUAUUUGGACUAUUCUUGGCAUAUGAAACACGUUCCAUUAAAGUGAAGCAGAUAAACGAUUCUCGCUACGUAGGAAUGAGCAUUUACAACGUUGUAGUACUAUGUCUGAUAACUGCCCCUGUUGCCAUGGUGAUAGCUUCACAACAAGAUGCUUCCUUUGCGUUUGUUGCAUUGGCUGUCAUAUUUUGCUGUUUUCUCAGCAUGUUACUCAUAUUCGUUCCGAAGGUGAUAGAAGUAUUGCGACAUCCAAAGGAUAAGGUCGAAUCCAAAUUCAGCAAUGAUACUGGAAUUUCAAAGGAAGAUGAGGAACGAUACCAAAAAUUAAUUUCCGAAAAUGAUGAUUUACAGAAAUUGAUCGCUCAAAAAGAAGACAAAAUACGACUGCUCAAGCAACGACUAACAGAACGGGAAAAUAAAAAUACUGCACAACCUUUUAAUGAACCCGCAAAUGGCACCACUGCUGGAGGAAUGCAAUUCAAUCGAUCAUCAUCAACCGCGCUAGCUCAAAAGUAACUAUAAAUGUUUCAACGAAGGUGCAGAAAGAAUCCUUGAAAAAUAUGUUAUGAUGUACUCUUAUUAUGAAAUGAAAUGAUGGUGGUUUAUCUGAAUUGCAGAAUACAAUUGAAAUUGAAAGUAAAAGCAUGCAUAGUAGUGAAUAAAUUGUAAUUCUAGUGAAAUUCAAUCCAUACGACAAUUCCUCAAUAAAAUAGGAGAAAGCAACGCUCGAAA